CGCAGCUAGUGGUGAAUUCAGCAUCCAUCCCACAGAGUCCGCUCUCUCAUUCCACGCCCUACUGAAAUCAACACGGCUCGGGAAAUGAGGGACCACAACACUGCCUGAAGAUGGCCAACUCCACAGCUUCCUAUGACCAGCUGGUCUACCAGGUGGAAGCUCUCCGCCAGGAGAACUCCCAUCUGCGUAGAGAGCUGGAGGACAACUCCAACCACCUGUCUAAGCUCGAGAACGAGACCACCGACAUGAAGGGGGUAUUGAAGGGCCUGCAGAAUAAACUGGAGCUGGAGGCUGGCACUUUGGCCUCCUCAGGGAGGACUGAUGUGCUGGAUCAGCUCAAAGAGUUGCACAUGGACCUGACCAACUACUAUGAGCUGAAGUACCAGCCGCACAAUCUGCGCGUCCUCCCAGACAGUCUAGCCAGUCUGGCAGCUCAGUCGAGUGACAUGGACGAUCGUCUGGCCUGCUUGCCUCCCUCCUCCUCCAGAGCCAGGAGCCCCCUACGGRCUUCAUCCCGCCAGAGCUCCUCUCUGUCAGGGGAGGGCACGGCCGUGCAUCCUGGACACCCCCACCUCAUGGAUGGAGCCCUGGCCAAAGCCAUGCUGGGAGACGGACGUAUCACGGCCCAGCAUCUGGAAGACCUCUACAAAGAGAGGGCUAUGCUGGUGAGUGAGAUAGACAAGGAGGAGAGGGAGCGUCACUGGUACUACAGCCAGCUCCAGGGACUGUCUCAGCGGCUGAACCAACUGCCACGCAUCGACACAUUCUCCAUACAGAUGGACCUCAUUCGCCAGCAGCUGGAGUUCGAGGCGCAGCAGUUGCGUUCUGUCAUGGAGGAACGCUUCGGAACCAGCGAUGAAAUGGUCCAGCGGACUCAGAUCCGUGUGGCUCGUCUGGAACAGCUAGAGAAAGAGCUACAGGAGGCCCAGGAGUCCAGAGGCACCCAGGAGAAGAACCUGUGUGAGAUCUCAAGCUGUGAAACAGAAAAUGCAUUGUCUUCUUCUGCGAUUGAUGCACAAGGAGAUGGAAGCAAAGUGGAGAUGGUGUUCUGGCUGCUCUCCAUGUUGGCCAACCGGGACAGGGAGGAGAUGUCCCGCACUCUGCUGACCAUGUCCAGCUCCCAAGACAGCUGCAUCGCCAUGCGCAAGUCAGGCUGUGUCCCCCUGCUGGUUCAGAUCCUUCACGACGGCCCAGGGGGCGCCGGAGAGGCGGACGGAAGUACAGGGAGCAGCCGGGAGGCCCGAUCCAGAGCCAGCGCUGCCCUGCACAACAUAGUGUACUCCCAGCCAGACGAGGGCCAAGCCCGGCGGGAGAUGAGGGUGCUGCACGUGCUGGAGCAGAUCCGCUCGCACUGUGACAGCGGCUGGGACUGGAUCGAGAGCCACGUGGGGAGGCCCUCCCCCGGAGGUACUACAACCACAGACAUCCCUGAGACAUUGGAGCCCCAGAUCUGCCAGGCCAUGUGUGCUGUCAUGAAGCUCUCCUUUGAGGAGGAGUACCGACAAGCCAUGAAUGAACUAGGGGGGUUGCAGGUAGUUGCAGAGCUAAUGCACUUGGACCAGGAGCUGUACGGAAUGAAGAACGAUCCCAUCAAUAUGGCGCUUCGACGCUACGCAGGGAUGGCGCUGACAAACCUCACUUUCGGAGAUGUAGUCAACAAGGCCACUCUCUGCACAAAGAAAAGCUGCCUGCAGGCCAUUGUUGCCCAACUUGCAUCUGAUAGUGAGGAACUACAUCAGGUAGUGUCUAGUAUUCUGAGAAAUCUGUCAUGGCGUGCAGACAUCAACAGCAAGAGGGUCCUUAGAGACAUAGGGAGUGUAACCGGAUUGAUAACCUGUGCUCUUCAAGCCACAAAAGAAUCCACGUUGAAGAGCCUCCUCAGCGCUCUGUGGAACCUGUCAGCACACAGUCCUGAGAACAAGGUGGCCAUUUGCUCAGUAGAUGGGGCUCUGGGCUUCUUGGUCAGCACCCUCACCUACAGAUGUCAGACCAACUCACUGGCAAUCAUCGAGAGUGGAGGUGGCAUCCUGCGCAAUGUUUCCAGUCUUGUGGCCACACGGGAUGAUUACAGGCAAAUCCUCAGGGACCACAACUGCCUCCAAACGCUGCUUCAGCACCUGCGCUCUCACAGCCUGACGAUUGUGAGCAACGCUUGUGGGACCCUCUGGAACCUCUCUGCCCGCAGUCCCAAGGACCAGGAGCUGCUGUGGGACCUGGGAGCAGUCAGCAUGCUGCGCAACCUCAUCCACUCCAAGCACAAAAUGAUAGCCAUGGGAAGUGCCGCAGCUUUACGGAACCUGCUCACGAAUCGGCCCCUCAAGUAUAAGGAUGCUGCGGUCAUAUCCCCUGGUUCCUGCAUGCCCUCGCUCUACAUGAGGAAGCAGAAAGCACUGGAGGCUGAGCUAGAUGCAAAGCACCUUGCUGAAACAUUUGAUUCCAUUGAAAAACAAAGCAGCCCCAAGCAUCCAAGCAUUAACAAGCCGCUGCGGCAUAUCGAGAGCCUGGCAAAGGAUUAUGCAUCUGACUCAGGCUGCUUUGACGAUGAUGAGGCCCCUAAUGUCUCCAGUAGUCUGGAUACAGGGAGUUUCUCCAUGCUCUCCAUGUUCCUGACCAAUUCCAACUUUCUUCAAAACCAGCCUCGCAAGAAGGACAGUGAACCGGAGAGAGACGUGGAGCCACCACAGACAGUGGAUAAGAGGCCAGCGCCUCCAGAAGACGAGGUGUCUGUUGCAGCAGGAAAAUUAGCAAAAAAGAUCACCAACACUGUGGCCAAGAUUGAUAAGCUUGUGGAGGACAUUACCAUGCAUACAUCUUCGGAGGACAGCUUCAGCCUUAGCUCAGAGGACCAUUUUGCAGACUGGCCUUAUGGAUCAGAUGAACUCCAUGAGGCCCGGGCCAAGUCAUGCUCCCCCUGCCGCCUCUCUGAUACCAGCAACUUUGCACACAGAGAACGUCUAAACAGAGCCUAUGCUCUCUUACGUCUCAAAACCACCCAUGCAAGUUUGUCCACUGACAGUCUCAACAGUGGCAGUACCAGUGAUGGCUAUUGUGGUAGCAAGGACCAGAUUAGGCCCUCAGCGAGAUCAGCAAUAGCUCAAAGACGACCUAACAAGCUUGAUCUUAAGGUGGCCCAUCAAGAAUAUCUUAACAUCAGAGCUCAUGUUCUCAAUGCGACAAGUCCGAUCGAUGUGCCAGAGAGAGAUUCUGUGGACAACAAAGAGGUUCAAUUGCUUGAACUAAAUAGCACAGAAACAGAGAAGAGCCAAGAGCUGCCCCCGCAAACACCAGCUAGUGCAUCAACUAAAAUGUCUUCUGAUGUCAGCAUGACUUCCAUAAAGCUGUCCCCUUCCUACCAACAUGUCCCUCUAAUUCAAAGUGUCUCCAAGUUUGGUGUUGCAAAAAGUGCCAUCAAUGUGCAGGCAGCUCAAGCAAUGAGGAGACAAGCCUGGGUCCCAACUGUGAUGACUGGAGGGAGUUUAGGCAAGUUUUCUCCAAUGAGCUCUGCUAGAAGUCCAACCAUUGGCCCAAUGGAGACACUGCAGAAGUAUUCGGUGGAGAACACCCCAAUCUGUUUCUCCCGUUGCAGUUCCCUGUCCUCCCUCUCCUCUGGUGAUGGAGCUCUUGACGGACAGAGUCAAAGUGAAAAUGAGUUGGAGAGUGACUCAUCACUUGAGAUCAUUGAAAUGGAAGAUGGGGAUCUGGUCAAUAGGGAGGAGGAGAAUGAGACCCUGGAGGAUUUAAGUGAUAGCCAACUGCUAGUCACUGAUUCAAAAACCUGUCUGAGCAUUGGGUCUGAUCCUAUUGAAAUUCCCUGCCCCACCAAACGUGAAAAGGUGUUCCUCAGGGGUGUAUCACCAGGCAUACUUGAGGACAGAUCACCUUCAAGUUCAUCAGAGAACUACAUCCAUGAGACCCCACUUGUGAUGAGCCGUUGUAGCUCGGUCAGCUCACUGGGUAGCUUUGAGUCUCAUUCAAUUGCCAGCUCCAUACUUAGUGAUCCAUGCAGCGGAAUGAUCAGUGGAACCAUAAGUCCAAGUGAUCUUCCUGACAGUCCAGGGCAAACCAUGCCCCCCAGUCGAAGCAAAACCCCAUGCUUUGCUGAAUCAAAUGGACCAGAAACCCAAAAUGCUGGGACAGCAGGGCAGUGGGAAAGCAGCUUGCGCAAGUUCAUGGAAAUUGCAGACUUUAAGGAAAGGGUCAACUUACCUCCAGAUUUGGACACCAUGAUCUACUUUACAGUAGAAAAACCCACAGAGAACUUUUCAUGUGCCUCCAGCUUGAGUGCUCUACCUCUUCAUGAGCACUACAUUCAGAAGGAUGUGGAACUGAAAUUGACUCCCUUACUCCAGCAAAAGGACAACAAUCCAUCAUUCCCAAGGGCUCAUGGAGAUAGAGGUGACAAUGAGCAUCCUUCUUUUAUGGACCAAGGGGAGAGAUAUAGUGAGGGCAAUUCAGAUGAUGAUAUAGAAAUUCUCAAAGAAUGCAUCAAUUCAGCAAUGCCCUCCAAGUUCAGGAAAGUAAUGCCCUCCUUGAUCUCCACCUUACCCACCCAUGUUCUAAACUCCCAAACCAGAAAACCUAUACCUGUUUAUAUGAUGGUUCCUAACAAUGCCAAUCAAAUGUGCUCAGGGAGAAGGAUUGUGAUGCAACAAAAGGACUUAUAUCUUGAUGAUUCAUCAUACACUGAUUCUGCUGAGGGCACCCCUGUCAACUUUUCCAGCACGACAUCGUUAAGUGACGAAACACUUCAGUACCCAGUGAGGGACAAGGGGGCAAAAGAUUGGAGGGUUAGAAGUAUGAACAAACAGGAAUUGUUGGAUCAAGAGGCAAAGAGAAUUGAAGACCUUCGGGUUUUCUCGCACUUCCACAAGCCCACUAAAAUGACCAGUCAGCCUGACAUACUUGUCAAUCAAAUGAGCAGGUCAAUCAAACAUGUCAUUCCCACUCAAAGAGUACUGAUGCAGAGCAAAGAAGUUGCUGAUAGAGUGGCUAAUCAGAGAAACCGUGAUCAAUCACCCAAUCAACAAAGACAAAAGCAGGGACAGGUCCUGACAAGGAAACUGGAUCUACCUAUCAUAAAGCCAAACACAGAAGGGAACCAAAAUCAGAGAGCAAUAGAGAGAAAUAAGGCUUUUCAGUCCAUGCCCCAUCCAACAUCUACAGGGGAAGCCAUUUACUGCUUGAAUGAUGACCAGACAMACAAAGAGGAGGGAGUGAUGAAAAGGACAGGGAGAAAACAGAUGAGAGAGUCCAGCAGAAACACUCUCUCCCGAAGUAUGACUAAUAUUGGUCGGAUUGACAAUUCCCAGACAAGACCCAAAGGCUUUAAUAGGAUCAAACACAAACUAAUCAUGGAGGAAACACCCACAUGUUACUCUCUUAGUUCAUCUCUUAGCUCUUUGAGUGAUGCAGAAUUUGAGGAACACCAAUCAAAAUCUCAGCAAGUAUGGGUGAAAAACAAACACAACAAGAUAUCUAACCAGGUCCAACAAACAAGACCAAUGCACAUCCACAAUCAGUAUGAGGAACAAAGCUCACCAAGCUCAGUCAGUAUGGAUUCAGAGGAUGAUCUUCUGCAAAAAUGCAUAACAUCUGCAAUGCCCAAGCAGAGGAAGAAGCUCUCUGCAAGAAAGAAAGCAGAGAAGAAGCAGAAACAAAGAAACGACAUGCAGAAAGUGUCGGGUGGAUGGAACAAUGAACAAGACUUUGACAGUGACGAUAUAGCAUCUGAUAAAGACUCAGACCUCAACAGUGUUGAAUGGAGAGUAAUACAAGAAGGAGCUAAUUCUGUUGUCACAAGGUUACAAGCAUCAAAGUCUCAAGAACAUUCCUCUGAAGAGACUGAAUCUGUCCUCUCAUUUAUGUCUGGAUCUAGCUUUACGCCUAAAGAAAAGAAGAUCUUUAAAGACAAAAAAGCAAACAAACCACUGGACUUUAACCAACGUAAACCAGUUCCAAAUCUGCCAGUGGUCUUCAGAGGUAGAACAGUGACAUACACGCCUAAGAAAGAGACAAAUCUUUCGCAAAGGCCGCCUCCUAAUAAAGAAUCCUCCAAAACAGAUGCUCCAAAGAAUCCAAACCUUGCUCAACAGAGGUCAAAGAGUCUCCACCGUUUGGGACAACCCCUGGACUCCACACAGUGGUGUUUGCCGAAAAGAAGCUCAACCCCACCUCCGAGGAUACCAAAGAGCUCAUCCUCUGGAUCAUCUCAAAGCUCUACUCCAUCGAGACAGUCACAGAAGAAAAUAAUCUCCCCCUCACAAACAAGUAAAUCUGUUCCCCAAAAAGAUAACACACCAGCAAGUAGUCCACCUGAAAGAAAGGGACGUUCCACUGUUCCUUCAAAUCAGAGCCCAAUAUCUCCAGGACACAAAACACAGAAGUCACCCGUCCGAAUACCCUUCAUGCAGAAUGCAGCAAGACAGUCCAGAACUCUAUCGCCAUUGGUAACCAACCAAGCCACAAGUAUCAGCAGACAAAACAGUCAGGUGGCUGGAAAAAUAAUCCCUCCAGCCAAUCGUUUUGACUUAGUCAGCAUGACAUCUACCCAUUCAAGCAGCAGCGAGUCUGACCGCAAUGGGUUCCUGAGACAAUUGACCUUUAUCAAGGAAUCGAAGACAAGGAUGAGACGUGACAUUUCGUCCUCACGCUCUGUGCCUACCUCGCAGCACGCAUCGCCCAGAAAAGCAAUUCCAGGUGCUCCUGCAGUCUUCCUAUGCUCAUCUCGAUGCCAAGAGCUAAAGGUAGUUGCUCAGGGGCCAAGAAGAAUUCAAGGAAAGGGCCCCGGGCAAAGGCAAGAGCCAAGGCAGGAGCAGGGGCUUCAAAGGCAGACUGUGACUCUGUCCAGAGCCUGCUCUAGUGACCGAGACCUCUCAACGAGGCGUCCAGCCAGGAGAACCAGCUCAGAGAGUCCCUGCAGGGUGCCUCCGAGAAACAUCUCUGCAACCAAGCAGCAGGCAAGAGACAACAUCAAGCGCCAUUCCUCAUCGCCCAGCAUAAACAUACUAAGCAGAGUAACCAGCCGCUCCUCCCUCCGCUCCUCGUCCUCCGACUCAAGUGGGCGAGCCAAGAGUGAGGACGAUACAAAGAAGAAGCAGCAGAGAACUGGAUCACACCUCAAUGACAGAGUCACCUGGAGGAGGAUUCGGGAUGAGGAUGUGCCUCAAAUCUUGAAGAGCACGCUGCCAUCUACUGCAUUGCCUCUGUUGCCUGUUCCUGAAGGGCCAAAACCAAAACCACCAGCACUGCCAAGGAAACUGCCGACCAUUUUACUUAAGUCAAGAAAGACGAGCGACGCUACAGUCCAAACAGAGGAUUUCUCGUSCAACAAGACCAACUCAAGCACCUCUCCAACUGUUGAGACAGCUCCAAUCAUCUCAGAGGAGGCAGCGAGACUAGCCCUCCUUAGAAAGAUCAGCAUUGGCUCCGGCCAAGAUGGAGACUCUGAUGGAUCCCUAAAGAGUUACAGCACAGCAUCCUCUGGAAACGCUCACUCUGUGGAAACUCACACAGGCGGUGUCGGCCAUUUCCGUCAGAGCUCCCCCAGCAAGGCAGUUCGGGUCACCCCAUUCAACUACAUACCCAGCCCCAUGGCCUGCUGCCUGCAAGACGCACAGAGCCAAGCAACAACAAUCAAUGAGAAGUCAUGUGAAAAAUCUGAAGCCUAGUACCUACUACGUAGUACCGUAUGUAAUUCUGUACAAUUGAGAUGAGAAAAAUCCUACUGUGUUCCUGAUUGAAACUAACACAAAUACUUGUGUAUAUCAAUCCUUUUACCUCGGGUAUUGAACCUUCUUUUUCCUCACUGCAUCAGAGACAUGUCUUCAAAAAAGAACACUUGUCAUUUCAAAUCAUCUGAUCCCACAUGUCAUUCAUACAAGUUGGAUGUAUGCAUUAAGACAGGACUUCAUUGGAUAGAAUAACACUAUCCUAUAUUUAGAGAGGAGUUACGGGGAGUAGACUAAUCUCAUACAAAAUGCACAUUUUUGUACUUUUUGUAUUUGUAUAUAAACCAUUGCUUGUUAGAAGAUUAGUGUAGACAUGACAACAUAGAAAAAAUACAAUUGUCUGUGGAUUUCAAGACAUACAGCACCAUCAUCAAAAUGAAGGAACAACCAUUAUUGAAAAACAAUAUGCAAAUCAUUGAGUGAAAACCCAGCUGGAAGACUUGUGUGUUUUUGAAAAAGUACUAGUGUGGCUCCAAACUAAUUUGAAAAAGACUGUUGAAAUACAUCAAAAUAUGGACAUAAUAUUAUGUAAAGUAUUUACUAUGUACCCACAUGUUACUGCUUCGCCUUCGCCACACUAUUUACUACUGAGGAUACCACACUGUUAGCCUUCACUUUAGAACCACUGCAGGAAUUGUUAUUGCCAAUAGUUAAAGUUAAAUAAUCAGCA